UUUAGAAAAUGUAAACUCUUCAAAUAUCUUCUUCUUUAAUGCAUGCCAAUUUUUGACUCCAUUUACAGUGCCUCUUCAUAAUAUUCUGUUAUUGUGCCUAAAACACUCCCAAAAUAUUUCACAGGAAAAUUUCAUUUGUCAAGCUUCAAAAGAAGUACAAACAAUUCUUUUUAAAUCUGUUUCCCUUUCAUCUGCUGUCAACCAUUUUCAACAAUUGUACAUUUAAAUUGCUAAGACUGUAAUUAACAUUGUGGAAGAGAUAAAAUAUCCUCAAGCACUCUCGACCAAAAGAAGAUUUUCAGCCAAUUAUGUUGAGAAUGAGCUAAACAUAGCUGAUAUUGGAAUUUAUUGUAAUCCUUAACACAAUCAACUCCUUUUUUCUACUUGCAGAAUAAAGGAGUGAAUUUGUGUAGUUCGACUGAUUCAGGUCACUUGUUUGUUGGAGAAGGGAAAAUAUUGAAACUGAAGUAGACCAGGCAGAGACUGGCGGCAUACAAUAGAUCUUUCUGGAUUCCUUCACCCCAAACAAGAGCAGCAUAAAGGAAUUGUAAAUUAAAUCCUUUCCUUGUCAGAAGGUCACUUACUUUUGUCAGUGGUUAGAUGAUGAUGUUUUAAGACACCAUGAAGUUUUUGUGGUCUGUGCCUUAAAACACUUCAACAGGAAUUACAAGUGAGGCAAAAACUUGGAACAAAUUAUGUGAAAUGUGACAAAAUGUGUUUAUCCUUUUGUUUUGGGCUGUUUAUUGUACUUUCCCUAAUAUUUCAUUUGGGAGAGUUGACCCUGAAUACAGUAUUUCUGGCAGAAAUUUAUCAAAGCCGUUCACUGACAUGGUUCACCAUAGUGACUGGACUGCUGGUGUUGCCACUGGUAACUAUUCACUUUGUGUCCGCUUUGUUGAUUCUCCAGAAAAAGAAUGAGGAUAAAACAAAAUCUGGGAAAACUGUCCCAGUUUUAUUGCACAUUUUCCUGCUUGGAUUUGCAUGGAGACACCUUAAGAUUCUGUUGGAAUCUGAUAUUAAAACCAAGAAACGUGACUUUGCAGAUUUAUCACUUCUUCGCCUGUUUUACACCUUUUCGGCCAGUCUUCCCAUUUUGACCAUCCAGGGUUUUAUGAUAAUUACCUCAAACAAUUCAUGGAUUGUUCAUUGUGCUCUAGCAAUCAAUUUAAUUUCCAUCUCUUGGGGUCUUGCCAGUUUUAGGAGGCAAUACGACUCAAGUGACUUUGAGAAUGUUGUCCUUACUUGGCCAGGAACAGUAUUUCGCUUAUUAUGGAGACUUGGAGAAAUCACCUCCAGAGUGAUAUCUUUGGGAAUUUUUGCCAGCAUUUAUUUUUCAUGGAUAUUCCUAGUGAUUUGUCUCCACUGGAUCACCAUGAUGUGUUGUGUCUGCUCUUCUGUCCUUGGAAAUGUGAAUGUGGUGGGCAUGAACAAAGGACACAAGUUCAUCAUGAGUGGUCUUGUGUCCUAUAUUUACAUUUUCUGCCAUGUGAAUAUGAGUGUUGAAAAGACCAAAUUUCAUUACAUAACUUUUUACACAAUUAUGUUCCUUGAAAACUCUUUGUUGACUGUGAUAUGGUUUUUUACAACACAAGACACAAACAACUUCAAAAUGCAAAUCGUAGUUGUCAUAAAUGGUUUUGCAUGUAUCAUAUCCAUCAUUUCCAUGUUAGUAUACUACAGAUUCUUCCACAUACCAUCUAUGAAAAUCUCACUUUAUGGAAAAGACAAAGUAUGUGUUCAAGAUGGCUGCAUCAAUUGUAAACUCAGUUUAUGUGCAAAGCAUAGUCACUUACUCCAAAGACCAUUCAGUGCAGGAUGGGUAAGCCAAUAUCAGAAAGCCCUGCAUGAUGGAAACUAUUACAAGAAUCUUUUACAGGACUCAUACAUAGACUCAAUGUCAGAAUGGGAAACAUGUUCCUCAACCACUGCAUCAUCUAAACUUUCUAAAAAAUCAAACUCAACUGGCAAAAAGACACGGAAGGUCCCUAUCCAGUUAUCAGGGACAUAUAGUCACCGGCAUUUUGUUGAUGCAGACAUUGUGGACAAUGUGUGUUGUGAAUCUGAUACGGAUGCCUCAACAACUGAAACUCAUCACAUGACCUCAAGUGAAGAUUCCAUCAUCAGUGAACUCUCUAUUCAGUUUCCUCCACAAGGAAUCCAGGCUUCAGACAAGAAAAAGUUACUGACUGAAAGCUGGGACAACCUGAAGGGCAUUGACAAUCCUGUUUUUGACAAAAAUUCAGUUCAUCCUCUUUUUGCAUUUCGCCCAAUAUCUGCCCAGAGUUUGGAGGAGUGGUACUCUGAUGGGUACAGUACGGACCAUACAUCAGACUAUCAACUACCUGUUACAGUGCUGGCCAAAAACAGUCGCCAUUCAAUGUCCCUGGCCAGUUCAGAUUGCACUGACUGUACUGUAUGUAAAUACAUGAAAGUUUUUCAUUCCAGAAGGAAAUAUCCUAAAGCCCCAAGUUCUAUUGUCUCACGACAUGAAAGAAUUACAGAGGAAAGUGAAGAUAUGAUGCAUGUGGAGUUUGAUAAACUUGAUACCCCUAGAAGCAGAGCUUGGUAUAACUGUAGUGAGUCUGGGGACAGUGCUUUUCCUCAGGAAAACUUUAGCUCUAGUAACCUUGACAUGACCUUGUCAGAAGAGGAGGAGGAAGGGGUGUUUGAAACAGGAGCCGAAAUCAUCAUAUAAAACUUGUACCAU